CAAGCAGUCAAAUAUAAUAUCAAAAUGUAUUUCCAGAGUUUGAUUUUAUUAGCAGUAACUGCUAUUGCAAGCAGCAACUUUAUCAGAGUACCCCUUAAGAGAGAUACAACUUUGGCGAAGAGACUAACAACUUAUGGCAGACCUAACAAUAGAGCUCUGGGCCAACGCAAAUAUGAAGCUGGAUCAGUUAUCUUGACAGAUUAUUCCGAUACUGAAUAUUAUGGAGAAAUAAGCAUUGGAACACCACAACAAAAGUUCAAUGUAAUAUUUGAUACUGGUUCUUCAAAUCUUUGGGUUCCUUCAUCAAAGUGCAAUACAGACAGUGGAUGUAAAAAUCAUAAACAAUACGACUCUGACAAGUCAUCCACAUACUCGAAAAAUGGCACAGAAUUUCUAAUCACUUAUGGAUCUGGUUCAGUUGAAGGUUUUGUUUCCAGAGAUGACGUAGAGGUGGGAGGUCUAACCGUAAAAAAUCAAAUAUUUGCUGAAACCACUAAUGAACCAGGUGCAGCCUUUAUUAACAACCCUUUCGACGGUAUUUUGGGAUUGGCUUACUACGAUCUAUCUAUUAAUGGAAUACCUACAGUAUUUGACAACUUGGUCCAACAGGGUGUUAUCAACAAAGCGGUAUUUUCUUUUUACCUUGGACAUGUCAAUGAUACCGUUGGUGGAGAAUUGGUGCUUGGUGGAUCAGAUCCCAAAUAUUACAAAGGAGACUUUUCUUAUUUACCUGUAACGAAACAACGUUACUGGCAAGUUAAAAUGGACAACUUUACUGCUGGAGACGCAACUGUAUGUAACAAUGGAUGUCAAGCUAUUAUAGAUAGUGGUACUUCUUUUAUUAUUGGACCAUGGGAAGACAUUGAGGCUAUCAACGACGCUAUUGACGCAUAUUAUUCAGGUGGACUUUAUUAUGCCAAUUGUCAGUACUUAGAUGAGCUCCCUGACCUCGAAUUUACAUUGUCUGGAAAGAAAUUUGUAGUUAAACCUGAACAAUAUAUCCUUAAGUAUCGCGAUAUCUAUCGCGGAAAUGUCUGCGUUACAACUUUUUCAUCGGCAGAGUUUGACAGCGUAGGCUUUCAAUGGAUUUUAGGAGAUGCAUUUAUGAGACAGUUUUACACUGAAUUUGAUCUAGAAAACAACCGUAUUGGAAUAGCUGACCUAGCUUAACUAUAGCUAUCAAGAUAUUUACCACAAUUGUAUUUUUCUUUUGUUUUAAAUUAUCUUAUCAAAUAAUUUGCGAUAUCUUAAGAUUGUAUUCUUGUUUAAAAAUAAAACCAAAGUAAUUACAA